AUGAAGUCAUAUUUCGCCGCCAUCGUCCUUUCGGCUCUCGCUUUCUCUGUGCACGCACUCCCCUCUUGCCCGUACUCGAGCACACGAUUCCGUCUUCCACGUACUACACCUACACUAUGCUGCGACAGUACGGUGCCGCUCUUCCGCCUGUACAGCCCCUCCGCCACGGACCACUUUUACACCACCAACGCGCAGGAGCGCAACAACGCCGUCGCUUCCAUCGGAUACACCAACGAGGGGACCGCCGCCCAAGUCUUCCCCGCCGGCGUCUCCGGCGCGGUCCCGCUCUACCGCCUCUUCAGACUGGCCGGCUCGGACCACUUCUACACGACGAACGCGCAGGAGCGCGACAACGCGGUGGCCGCGCUCGGGUACACGAACGAGGGCGUCGCCGCGUACAUCUACCCGAGCGCGCAGUGCGGGAGCGUGCCGCUCUACCGGAUGUUCUCGCCGUCGGCGGUCGACCACUUCUACACGACGAACGUGGCCGAGAAAAACAACGCCGUCGCUUCGUUGGGCUACUCGUACGAGGGAGUUGCCGGGUACGUGAACCCUGUGAAGGGCGCGCACUGCUGA